UAAAGAAUUUCCUAUUUUGGAAAAAAUGAUUUAGAUAAUAAUAAUGAUUCCUGGACAGGCAAAAUUUGCCGGGGGCAUUGUCUGUGCCUUUUUUUCUAUUAUAGGAACUGUCUUGAACUCUGUUUCUAUGCUGGUUUUACUCAGGGAUCCUAAACUCCGAUCUCACCCUACAACAAUCCUAGUGAUUGCUCUCUCAGGGUUUGAUCUUCUCUACACAUCAAUCAUCUUUCCUCUUCUGGCUGUUCAUUACCUAGACUGCUGGUUUUGCUUUUCUGGUUCAACUUUGUGUUCAAUCCUAGCUUAUGCCUUCCUUUGGAACCAUGGGAAUCUUCUUAACAUCCAGGCUGUUUUGGCGGUAAAUAGAUGGGCAGCCGUUUGCACGAAUAUGAGGAUCACCUGUCAGACUAGUUUGUACAGUAUCCUUAUCUCCUGUGUUGUCAGCACUCUCAUCCUUAUUGUUCCAAGCCUUGGCAUCUGGGGAAACUUUAGUUUUGACAGUGUUUCAGAAACCUGUAGUCUCUGGUCCACCCCAGGAGAAAUCAACCCCAAUACAGUCUUGAUGCCAUUUGCACUUGGAGUGCCUUACACAAUAAUAUUUGCUUGCUAUGCUGUUAUUCUAAAGACAAUAAGGAAAAACAACAGAAAAAUAGAACAGCAAGGGAGUUGCAAUCUUCGCCCCCGUCCAAGCAUCCUGCCAGAACUGGAAUCCUCAAUUCAAGAACCUGUUUCCCACAUCAAUCAACCAAACACACUGAGCCUGCCUAACCGUGAGGACACUUCUGUAGUUCUUCAAAGUACGCAGAAGCAUUCAGAGCAGGAACUAGUUUCAACGUCCACAAUUCAAGUCAGAAGUCAACAAACUGUUAAGAAUGUGCAUAGCUACACAUUUUUCGGAACACUCAGAAAAAAGAAGGUUGGACAUCUACCAGAUAUUCCUGAAAUUGUGGAAACUGAAGUUAAUUCAAGGAAAAGUUCAGAAUCAAGAUCUGACAAUUAUAGCAAUUGCUUCCAUUCUCUCAAGUCUCUGAAAGAAAUUCUUCAAGAAGAGAUUUCUUCAUCAAACUCUGAGGAGAUUCUGACAUCAUCAUUAAAGAGUAUUCUAGUUAAUACAAGACCAGACUCAUUAGAAUCUAUUUCAAGUUUAGACAAACAAAUAACAUCAGUGAAUACAAUGAGAAACCUCUCAACAAACCAAGAAAAUAGAAUAUCAUAUGUUGAGGAUCUAGAAAGAAAAAACACAUUAAAAAAAAGGAAAAGGAAUCGUCAAGAGCUGAAUCUAACCUUUACUGUAGGAUUUAUUCUAAUAACAAACUUAGCGUUUAAUCUACCUGGCGUAGUUAUUAGAAGCAUAGAUCCUCUUGCUCUUCACUAUCCGCAGGCCCAUAUUCCUAUAUACGUUAUAGCAUGGAGCUCUACUUUAAUUCAUCCACUGGUGUACGUAGCCUGUAACCCAUCAUACAGAGCAGCUUUUAAAAGAAGCUUUCUACAUUUAGAUAUUCACAAUACUAAUUGCAAAAAGUUCUGGUAAACAAAAUUCAGUUAUUUAAUUUUAGACUGGUCCAUAUAUAGAGUAACCAUAUUUGGAUCAAUUAUAUAGUAUACAGUCAUCAUAUUUGGUUCAAUUUUAUACUAUACAGUCACCAUAUUUGGACAAAUUAUAUUCUAUAUAUAGUAACCAUAUUUGGAUUAAUUCUAUACUAUAUAUAGUCACCAUAUUUGGAUCAAUUAUAUACUAUAUAGUAACCGUAUUUGG